GAUUACGAACUUUGUAUAUCUAUGUAAGGCCAAAGUUUUGGAGUUUUUCUCAAUUGCAUGCAUUCCCUGAGAUCUCUGAGAUCACACGGUGUGCAAAUCACAAAACUCACCCUAAUAAACCACAAAGUGUGAUUUUCUUGGCCAUUUUCAACUUGCCUGGCUGCAAUUUCCGUCGCCAAGCUCAAUUUCCUCAUCUAGUUGCUUGGCAGCGCGCUGGGCCGCUGGCAAUAAUAAACAAAUAAAUCAUCUGCUGGAUUAUUUUUUGCUGUCAUAAUCCUUCCCGUUACUACACCUUAUCCACUCUCCCCAUUUAAUUUAAAACUUACCAGCAGUUACAACUAUUUGUGCAAUGGGAUCUCCCACCUUAUCGAAUGGGAUCAUUCCUACCGAAGAUAAGUUGAAGUUUUGGACCGUCUUUCGCACCGUGGGAGCGGAAGGAGAGGACAUUUUGAAGACGGCGAAAUUGGUCCAUGUCCACGACAAGGAAGGAUUCGUCGUUACUAGCAUGGACGAAACUUACCACUUCAUCCAUGGAGGAUUUGGAGAUGCAAAAAUUACCAAAAUUCUUGAAUUGUGCGGCGUUCGGGUGAAAGAAUUUAUUAUUGGAUCAAUCAACCUCGCAAUUACGGAGAACGGACUCCUCUACUCGUGGUGCAGUGAAUUCCGCUCAGCCGAUACACCAAUUGAUAAGCAAAUGAAGCAAUUGGGACGGUUCUCAUAUUUUGUGAAGGAUGGGUGCACGCCAACGCAAGUGGUGGGUCUGCGGAAAAGGAAAGUACGGAAGGUAGCGUUGCAAGGGGUGGGAAAGGGGCGCGUCGUGGCGUUAACGGUGGGGGGCGCUGUCUAUCACUGGGGUACAAUUGGUGGCAUUACCAUCCUAGCGCCUAGGUUAAUGGACAAGGAACAAUGGGACUUUGCAAUGGGCAGGGAUUUCUGGAAGGUUACCUCGGUGGGGUGUAGCUUUGGGGCAAAUUUCGUCCUCACUGACCAAGGACAGAUAUUUCGAUUUGGAGUGUGUGCCAAUGACCCACAAAACUUGCUGUUAGGCGCGGGCUUAUCAAUUAAAAAGAUUGCCACGACACGAAGAACUAUUUGCGCGUUGACUGCUGGAGGUCAAGUGUACUCGUGGAGGGUUAACAAAUCUGAUGGAAAUCCAGCGUGGUCAACGAUUCCACUGGUUAAUGUUCAGUUCAAAGACGUCCAGGACAUUGAAUCAUGUUGGAUGGAAGACGUUUGUCUUGUCGAGUCGAAGGAUAACGUACGUUUUGCUUGCUAUCUGGGAAAUCAGAUAGUUAGGAUCUUCUCUUAUUCGACCAUUCCGAUGAAUCAAUGCACUGCUCAAAUUUGCCAAAAAAGCUACCGGACUAUUGUUGUGGCUAAUGAAGGAAGGAAUGUCACGUUUAGUGAUGAUUUAUGGAAGAGCAAGGAAGAUAUGGACGUUACAUUUUCCUUGGAGGGGAAAACCAUUUCCGCGCAUAAAUGGGUUCUGACGCGUAGAAGUGAAUAUUUCCAAAAAAUGUUUAGCGGCAACUGGAGUGAAACAGAAGGAUCCUUGAUUGAAAUCAAGGACACUAAGUAUGACAUAUUCCAAGCUCUCCUUUUCCACAUUUACCACAGAAGGGUCACCUUUUCCGUGGACGAGACCGACAAUAUUUGUGACCUUAUGAAGUUGGCGGAUUGUUAUUGUGACGAGAAAGCUCGGCGUUCCUGUGAGGAGAUUCUGGUGCGGAAUAUCAGCGCGGACAAUGCAUUCGUUUUGAUGCAAAAGGCUGCGUUAGCAAACGCUUCGUAUUUGGAGGGGGAGGUGAUCAAAUUCAUUUUGGACAAUCGGCUCAUCGAUAAAACCUCGGUUCAAGACCUGACUGACAUGCUCGAUUUACUUGGGAAGGAAACAUUCCGCAAAUUGGUGAUAGCAGCAGCAAGUCACCGAUAGUUUGCUGCUACAGGAUUUAAUAACAAGUCCUUGUUAAAUUUUGGUUAAAACGAAUUGUAUGUAAUUUUGAUUUCGUUGAAAAGUGUACAGUUUUUAACAACGCCAUGAUCCGCUUAAUAAAUAUCUAUCAAACAUUAUAUAAAUAUCUAAGACAUUAUAUAAAUAUAUUUUCAAUCACAUACAAUAUGAUAUUCCUAUUAUGAAUAGCUUACUAACUGUGUUCAUGUGCUGUGCAUGCACUUCCAUUAAAUAAUCAUAUUUAGGAAGGUGAGAUUAUGGCCCAAGCUAAAAUAAGAGUAAGUAUGUAUAUGUAUCUGUAAAUAUAUAAUCAAG